UUUCUCAUUUUUACACAUUCUGCCAUGUAAUAGUGGCCACAUUAGUGUCAUCUCCCUCUGCUGAGACUGACCUUGUGACAUUACUCCUUGCUCUGUCUAGAAGCAUGUGUAAUUAAAAUCCCUACAUAUCAAACCACAUCACAUCACGACUGCACCUCCAGACUAAUGGAGCCUUGUCUCAUAAUUUACCCCUUCAUUCAACACCUCUCAAGACCCUGACAGAUGUUUGAGUGACGAGCCCAAUUCUUGAUGGUGCAGAGGCUCAACAUUCCCAUAGCAUUGACUCAUGUUUAUAGCGGAGUAUAAAUUGCCUGGAUCUCUGGGAGUGUGGAUUUGCGAGCACAACUUGUGAGAGGAAGAUCAACACAGCAAGGCCUUAAAGUUUAGCCACUGACCCAUGAUGAGUCGCAGCCCAGAAAGGAUCUCAUCCUAUCGCCGCCAUUUCGAGGACACCAGCACCUCCUCUUACCAGGUGAGGGUCAGCAGCCCUUCUCCCGUCAGACGGGAUGUUGGGAGGUGCCGUUCAGCCAGCUACACCCGUAAAGCCAGCGCUGUCAGCAGCAGCAUGGCAGUGGGCCGGAGGACCAUCUCAUCCUCACGCAGGCAGCCCUUCAUGACUGGUGUCGGAAUGGGAGCCAUCUGUCUUAGCGGAGGGGGACCAGGGGUCGAUCUCGACCAGGCUUCUGCAGAAAACCUUGAAUUCCUGAACACACGAACCAGUGAGAAACAAGAGAUGAUUCUGCUCAACGAUCGACUGGCAGCAUACAUCGAGAAGGUCCGUUCGCUGGAGCAGCAAAACAAAUUGCUGGAGACGGAAAUCGAGGCCCUAAAGAAUCGAUACUUGAAGCCCACCGGCCUCCGCCUGCUGUACGAGGAGCAACUCCAGGAGCUGAAGAGGCUGGCGGACCAGAUGAGAGUACAGCGGGACCUUGCUAUCGCUGCAAAGGAUGCUAUGGUGGGUCAGCUGGAGAUGAUGAAGGUGAAAUAUGAGGAGGCCUUGGAGAUGAGGAAGAAAGCCGAGCUUGAUAUCGAAGCCUUCCGUCCGGAUGUGGACGCCGCCACCGCCGCGCGCAUUGCUUUGGAGAAGCAGCUAGAAAACCUGGAGGUGGAAAUAGAAUUCCUUCGAAGAGUACACAAACAGGAAAUCGAGGAGCUUAUGAAACAGAUAUAUGCGGCCCACGCCUCAGCAGCAGACGCUUACAGCCUCCCAGACCUCUCGAGCGCCAUCAAGCAGAUCCAGCACCAGUAUGACGACAUUGCCGCCAAGAAUUUACAGGAAAUGGACUCUUGGUACAAAACCAAAUUUGAUGAUAUCAACAACAAAACGUCAAAACACGUAGACAAGAUGCGAAGCGUGCGAGAGGAAAUUGUAACUGCCAAGAAGGACAUUCAAAAUAAGGAGCGUGAUCUGGACUCUUUGAAAACCAAAAAUGAGGCUUUGGAAGCACAGAUCCGUGAGACUCAAGAAAAGUACAGAAAAGAACUGGAGGAACUCCAGGCAAGAAUUGAAGCCUUGCAGCUUGAGCUGAAAUCCUCCAAACAAAGGACAGCACUGCUCCUGCGGGAAUACCAAGAUCUGCUCAAUGUGAAGAUGUCCCUGGAAAUUGAAAUUACCACAUACAGGUAGAUUUUAGAAGGUGAAGACUCUCGUAUUGCUUCUGUGAUGCGGAGCAUGCAGACCAUGUCCCUCAUGAGCGGCAGCAUGAGUGUUCACAGUGCUGGAGCCGCAGGUGUUGCAGGAGUUGCUGAUAGAGUGGCCGGAGGUCCUGGUGUUGGUCCAGCCACAGGUCUUGGAGGAGGUCUAGACAGUGGGCUUGCCAGAAGUCUUGGAGGAGGCAUUGGCAGUGGCUCUUCCAGAGGUCUUGGGGGUGGUAAUGGCGGAGGCAUUGGAGGAGGUCUUGUUAAUGGCAUCACCGGUGGAGUUGGCGCCCCAGGCGCCACUGUAGACUACACUCAAGAGCAGGCUGUGGAGAUGACGGAGAGAAAGACUGUGCUUAUCAGAACUGUUAAAACUGAGGACGACACGCUGGAGAGCAACACACAGGAGAAAUCGUAUUCCAUCUCUGGAGCUGCUGAUGAAGGAGAGUAGUGGUGUUUUCUGCUCACCAAUCAUGCCUUCAGAUGUGCGUGCCUUACAAACCAAAGAUCUGCUUGCAUCUUGCAUUGCUUGUCCACAAUAAAGCUCUGAGCAUCACAUCGUUUUGCGGGUUUUGUUUCUCCAUUGUUUGUGCACACAAUGCACAACAUCAACAGGUGUAGACGCAGGGCACAUUAUGACUGUGUUGGAGACAGAUGAUGAGGAAGGAACAGACAGGAAAACAACUUGGGAUAAAGGCAGGGAGUGUGAUGUGUCACUCCAGGCUCAGUGUAUCACCUCGAUUCUUUGGCCAAAGGGGAAUCCCAUGCAAGCCGUCAUAAGAACAGUACUGCCACAACAUGAAGUCACACUCACUGUAUGGCCCCAUUCUAUCCAAAUCUGCCCUCCUCCUCUGCAUCUGAUCCAUCCUGAUCGGUCCACACUGGAACAUGCCAAACACUCAAACUGUCUGGAAGUGUGAGGGAGAUGUGCACUGGAGUACUUAACCAUAAAACUACAGAAGCCAGGCACUGUGGGUAAAAGGAUCAUGUAGCUGACACAAAACAGAUAUAUAAAGCAUGGCAUGUGGCACACUAACAAUUUUAUACGUUUUCUUUGCAUUUCUAUGCAACUCACUGUUAAUUUAUCCAAUUUAAAAUAUGAAAGGAUCUAUACGCAUCCAUCACAGACUUUAAAUGACAGAGCAUGAGUCUGCCCUUGAGCACUGACAAACUACACUUCAUACCUGUGAGUCGACAGACAGCAGCAAAUAACAAGAACAAGCACUAAAACAUGC